AAGAAUUUAGAAAGAAAAAAAAAAAAGUCAUCAGCCCAGACUCAGCAGAGAGCAGCAGCUGCCACAAGCUGGGAGUGAUUGGAGUGAGCUGGGACUGAGAUUCCUAUUGUCAUUUGUUAACAAGAUUGAUUGAAGGAUGCCGGAAUUACUUGAUACAGGGACUUCUACAAUAGACAAGCAGCGCGUGCUGCAGAUCACGGAACGCCUGCAGAAGAAGCUGAAAGAUGAAGGGGAUCUCUCUCACCAUGAGAAACUGUGUAUCUUGCGGGAUACACUGGCGAGCCCUCUGUUUAAUCAGAUACUGACUGUGCAGCAGUCAAUUAAACAACUGAAAGAGCAGCUGAACCGCAUGCCAGCUGACCGCUCUGCAGAAUUUGAUUUCACGAAGAAAGGCUUAUUGGUAUUUGAAGCGGACCCCUCUGCCUACUUUGGAGACAAGAGCAACUCUUUGUCCUCGGACAACUUUGACUCCUCGAGAUUUCCUCUGGCCAGCCAGAACUUGAGCGGAGAUGAAUUCAGCAGAAAAAUUCAACGGAUGGCCGAGGGCAGGCAAAUUGAAUAUAUAGAUAUAGAAAAACCGUCUGUGGGAGGCCUUGGGUUUAGUGUUGUUGCGCUGAAGAAUCCCAGCGUGGGGGAUGUUGGCGUGUUUAUCAGAGGGGUACAAGCAGGAAGCCUCGCAGACAGAGAUGGAAGGCUUAAGGAGAAUGACCAGAUAUUGGCUAUUAAUUAUACCCCAUUGGACAUGAAUGUCUCGCAUCAGGAGGCUAUAACCUUAUUACAACAAUCAUCGGGAAACAUACAUUUGGUUGUUGCAAAAAAACCUGCACCAAUUGCCCCUCAGAGCCAAACUAACCAGCUGAGCCAAACUAACCAGCUGGUUGACCAGAUCUGCUGGGGCCACGUGGAAGAUAUUGAACUCAUUAACGACGGAUCAGGAUUAGGAUUCGGGAUUGUUGGCGGAAAAGCCAGCGGCGUGAUUGUCAGAACAAUUGUACCCGGGGGACUGGCCGAUCGGGAUGGAAGACUUAAGACCGGCGACUACAUCUUACAAAUUGGCGACACCAACGUCCAAAGAAUGGCCAGUGACCAGGUCGCUCAAGUUUUGAGGAACUGUGGGAAUUCCGUUAGAAUGGUGGUUGCCAGGAAUCCUCAGGGAAAGCCCCUCGUCAGACCACCACCGCCACCUCCACCGGCCACAUUGCCAGUGGGGUCACUGCCUCCUCUGGACAUCAAAAAUAACAACACUGGAAAUGGUGAGAGCAAUCUGUAUGAUAUUACACUAACCAAGAAGGAAGGUCAGAGCCUUGGAAUAACCGUUGUAGGCUACACUGGAGGAAAUAAUGGUGGUUCUUCCGGUAUCUUUGUGAAGGGAAUAAUACCAGGCAGUGCCGCCGAUCAAAGUGGAUGUAUUCAAGUUCAUGACAGAAUAGUAGCUGUUGACGGAGCAGACAUCCAGGGGUUGUCCAAUCAGGAUGUUGUGACGGCUUUACGUAACACCGGACAAACCGUACAUCUCGCUCUAUCCAGAGGUCAAGUGCCAUCUACCCCAACACCUCUGGAUAGUUCUCCGCAACAAGCAUUGUCCGCUGUGCCACUGGCUCCGCUGCCCGACGUCCCACCAAAGGCUGAAAUAAGUGAUGUGCCUGAUGGUCUUCCAGUCAACACGGGGAACCCGCAGCAGGUGGACAACCAAAGAAAUGAAUGGGAGCAAGUAGAUAACCAAAGAAAUGAGUGGCAGACAGGACCCAUAUCCCCUGAGGCUGAUGCAUUGAAGUUGAAGUGGGAGAAAGGUCUCGGUCCUGAUUACCUAGUCAUGGUGGUUGUUCUGGAUGCUAAAAUUGAAGAUGAUGAAGAGCUACAGAAAUACUCCAAGCUUCUGCCCAUCCACACCAUGAGACUGGGGGUAGAACUGGACUCGUUUGACGGCCACCAUUAUAUAUCCAGCAUUUCCCCGGAAGGUCCGGUUGCCAAACUUGGCAUUUUGCAGCCAGAAGAUGAAUUAUUGGAGGUGAACAACGUGCAGCUGUACGGAAAGUCUCGGCGAGAGGCCGUUUCAUUCCUGAAGGAAGUGCCUCCUCCGUUUACGCUAGUCUGCUGCCGCCGUCUGGUGGAUGACGAAAAUGAGAACUUUGAGGAUGAGCCAAAAAUUUUGGUGAUGCAAGAUGAGCUGGAAGAAGAGGAAGACCCGGUUUUCCAUCCACCACAGUUAGCUGGAAGUGAGCAAUACCCAGAGCAGAAACCAGUGGGAAAUACAGCACCGGUAUACGCUGAUGAUGAUGAUGGUGUUGAGGAUGAUGGAGAAUUGACUUUGUGGUCUCCAAAAGUUGAAAUUGUGGAACUGGAAAAGGAUAAAAGAGGGCUCGGUUUCAGCAUCUUGGAUUAUGAGGAUCCUAUAGACCCAACAAGGACGGUGAUUGUCAUUCAGUCUCUGGUAGCAGGUGGAGUGGCUGAGGAGAGCGGCCAGAUAUUGCCUGGUGACCGCUUGGUCUUUGUAAAUGACAGUUUUAUGGACAAUGCUUCGUUGGACGAUGCUGUACAAAUAUUAACAUCUGUGCCACCUGGAAGGGUUCUCGUUGGCAUUUGCAAGCCAUUGGUGAAUGAAAUAAAAGGAGAACAUGUAUUUAUUCCACACAUGGGUGAAUCUGACGCUGACGUGGACAAAGCAGGAGAUGAUUCAUCACCACAAACUGGCUAUUACCAUGAUAAAUACAAAGAGGAGCCAUUCAUCGAAGAAGGACAAGAGGAACUUGUUGACGAGCCAUCGUUAGCAAUGGGAAGAGCCCUUAAUAUACAGCCCAAUAAUGAAGACGCUUUACAAGAGUCGUGGGAAAUGCACGAAAUAGAGGGAUUUAUAGAAGAAAGGGAGAUGCUUGUGGAUGAUGAGUACACUGAAGACGAAGUUUCUCAUCCGCACAAUGAUCUGUACAUUCUGCAUUAUAAUGGGACCCCACCUCCCUCCGCACAGGGCCCGGCUUACACUCAGCCGUGGCUAGACGAGGCAGCAUACGGAACACAGAAUGCGGGCUUCUUAUCCCCCUUAGAUGUGGACACAUAUGAUGCUCCGCUUCGUAGCCCAGAGGACAUCCCCAUAGAUGUGGAUCACAGUGUAAUCUCUACCCUCAAGGAGCCCACGAUCAUCUUCGACCCAGAUGAAAUUGCCAUAGAUAAGAACUACACGCAGAGGAAAGAUACCAGCACGAUUGCAAGCUCCGUGGCUCAACGCGCUCAGAGACAGUCAUCCCUUGACCUGCCUGAGCGGGAAGAAGGGGAAGGAGAGGAGACCCCGACGUUCAGUCACUGGAGCACCCCCCGUGUGGUGGAAAUUUGGAGGGAGCCUCAGGUUUCCCUGGGAAUUAGUAUCGUUGGUGGACAAACCGUUAUUAAACGCCUCAAAAAUGGAGAGGAGCUGAAAGGGAUUUUUAUUAAGCAGGUUCUGGAAGACAGUCCCGCCGGGAAAACCAACGCUUUGAAGACCGGAGAUAAAAUUCUAGAAGUGUCGGGGGUAGACCUGCGAGAAGCCAGACACGAUGAAGCUGUGGAGGCCAUUAAAAACGCAGGAAAUCCUGUCGUCUUCGUCAUCCAGAGUUUAUCGGCUGCUCCGCGGGUGCUGUCCAUUGUGGCUCCUAAACCCUCAAAGUGUGACAAAGUGAGCACAGACACCUCAGAAAAGAGCGUUUCCCCUGUACCCGGAGGCCCCCCGCCGCCGAUGAAGCUACCGCCUCCGUAUAAAGACUCCGGCAACUCCGUGACAGUGGGCUGUGAUCCAGAAAGUGAGGACAGUGACGAGGAAAUAAGGCAGAGAUACGCUGACCUCCCCGGGGAACUGCAAAUUGUUGAGCUUGAGAAGGACAAGAAUGGGCUGGGCCUCAGUCUGGCCGGUAACAAGGACAGGUCUUUGAUGAGUAUCUUCGUGGUGGCCAUCAACCCGGAUGGACCUGCUGGAAGAGAUGGGCGAAUACAAGUUGGUGAUGAGUUGUUAGAGUUGAACAAUCAAAUUUUGUUUGGAAAAAGCCACCAAAAUGCAUCUGCCAUUAUCAAGUCUGCACCUUCCAAGCUGAAGUUGGUACUUAUAAGGAAUAAAGAUGCUUCUCGCCAAAUGGCCAUCAGCCCCUACCCCUCGCACGGCAGCUCCCAGUUCUCUCACCAGGAAACGCCCGGCCUCGCUGUUUCCAGCAGGACGGAGGAAGCUGAUGUGGGAGAACUGAUGAGAAGCUUCACAGACUCCGAGAUAAGGACAGCUGAAGGUAAAGUGAGAUUGAAUGAUCAGGGGCUGGAGCCGGCCCAGGAGCAGAAUGUUCUAGACCAGCUCGUGAGCCAGCUGAAACAAUCCAAAAGUACUACCAAGAUACCAUACAGUGCCCAGGAUAUAUCCCUAGCUCCGGCUCCGUCGUACACUAUACCGGAACCCGAGCUCACCAGAAACAUCCCUUCUCCACUGGCACACUUUGAUCCUGCAACAUGCCCGAUUAUCCCGGGACAAGAGAUGACGAUCGAGAUUUACAAGGGGCGUUCCGGCCUCGGACUUAGCAUCGUGGGCGGGAGAGAUACCCCACUGGAGGCCGUGGUGAUACAUGAAGUAUAUGAGGAAGGAGCUGCAGCCAGGGAUGGGAGACUCUGGGCUGGUGAUCAGAUUCUAGAGGUGAAUGGUUACGACCUGAGGACCGCCUCUCAUGAGGAUGCGAUAACCGCCCUACGGAGGACCCCGCAGAAAGUGCAGCUGGUGGUGUACCGGGACGAGGCGCAGUACAGGGACGAGGAGAACCUGGAUGUCUUUCAUGUGGAGCUGCAGAAGAAGAGUGGCCGGGGCCUGGGGCUGAGCAUUGUGGGGAAGAGGACUGGGAGCGGAGUCUUCAUAUCUGACAUUGUGAAAGGAGGAGCGGCAGACUAUGACCGGACGCUGAUGCAGGGCGAUCAGAUACUAUCGGUCAAUGGGGAGGAUGUCAGAAACGCCUCCCAAGAAGUUGUGGCCACUAUAUUAAAGUGCGCUCAAGGGCUCGUUCAUCUGGAGAUUGGGAGACUGAGAGUGGGGUCUUGGCCUUCAUCCAGGGACACCUACGAAGCCAGCCAGGUCGGUAGGAGCUGCUCUCAGAGCCCGCAGCCGCCCACCCUCGCCCCCGUCCUUUCCAACACACAGAAGAGAUCAUCCGCUCCGUCCUCUCAGAGGAACUCUGGUACCGAGAUGGAUCCCAGGACUGUGGAGAUAAACAGGGGCCCCAAUGACGCCCUAGGGAUCAGCAUAGCGGGUGGAAAAGAGAGCCCGCUGGGUGACGUUCCCGUGUUCAUCGCCAUGAUCCAGGCCAGCGGCGUUGCAGCGCGCACCAACAAACUGAAAGUGGGAGAUCGGAUUGUCAGCAUUAACAGGCAACCCCUGGACGGGCUCUCCCACACAGACGUGGUGAACAUACUGAAGAAUGCGUACGGCACCAUCACCCUGCAGGUUGUAGCAGAUACGAAUAUUAGUGCGAUCGCCAGCCAGCUGGAGAGCAUGUCUCUGAGUCAGAACGUCAGCUCCGAUCACCAGCAAGAGGAGGGGGAGUCCCCUGUCCCGAAGCUCAUCCAUCUGGAGAAGGGUGCGGAUGGGCUCGGGUUUAGCAUAGUCGGGGGGUAUGGGAGCCCUCAUGGAGACCUUCCAAUUUACGUAAAGACAAUAUUUUCUAAGGGAGCCGCCGCAGUGGAUGGGAGAUUGAAGCGUGGAGACCAGAUAUUAGCGGUGAACAACGAGAGCCUGGAGGGCGUCACGCACGAAGAGGCCGUCGCCAUUUUAAAGCGCCAGAGGGGGAAUGUCACACUGACUGUGUUAUCGUAAUGAGUGACCAUGAGGCAAGCGAGUUGUCAGAGACCGCACCGCGUGUCGUAGCCAUAGGCAGUAGCUGACUCUCCUGCGAGGGACAGGACAAUGGCUGGCUGGGAUUUGUAGUUCCACAGCUGCAGGAGAACAGUAGAUUGCCUAUCUCUGGUGAAACGCGUGCACUUUCCAUGUAGAGAGAUCUGCUCAGUGUCUCUGAGAACCAUUUAGUUCUCUCUGCUUAAUUUAGUGUACAGUGUAAAGCACAUUAACAGAAAACACAUUAUCACCUUAUUACCUUAAUAGCUUUCAAGUCUUCCAGCCGGCUAAUAGUGUAUAGUAUAAGGUCAUUUUGUCCCCUGGUCACUGUUUGAGUUUCCUACAGCCGUUCUUGCACUUUUGGGAUAUAAAGGGUGUAUUAUAUAGGGAAAUGUCAGAGAAUUUUAACCCUUAGAAGAGGACUUUAUCAUUUGGGGUCAUCCGCUACAACCUAUCCCCAAAUAAUUAGUAUUCUAAGAUAUUAGGAUACAGCAUAAACCAUUCCAUGUGUAUUCUGUAAUGAUGAAUACUGUAACCUCUGGUGCUUACGCAAUGAUCGGAUUGUGAGACAGGCUGGUUUCCUGCACACAAUGUUCAUCACUAGACCCAAAGCUUGUACAAUACUUCAGAUGAUCAUAAUUAGCCCCCAUGUGACUGUACGAUCGCCAGGAGACUAAACGCGUCAGGUGAAUCUGCUAGUGCAGUAACCCACAUCCCUCACACAAUGGUGUUGCUGCCUUUCUCGCACCAGACCAAUUAGAAUUAAUUGCUGCACAUCUUUACAUUUGCAGCGUGUUAGUAAAUGACGCCGAUAACGUCUCCCAAUUAGAUUGUGUUUUACAUCCCUCUUCGCCGUACAAUGUAUGCAAAUUAACUCUGCUGUCGCGUAGCCAUUUCUACUGUUUAACUAUUGAUGGGCGUUCUCAAUAUAUAUGUAUAUAAAGCGCGUGGAUAGAUAAAGCUAUAUUUUAUUUAAGAGGUUAAUUUUUCAGAACUGUAAGAGUAAGUUGCUCUGUGCUGCUGCUGCUGCCGCCUGUUUGUUUGGGAUAGAGUAUAAAUUGCUGCUAGCUCGGUUAUUUGUAGACCCCUGGUGGUGGAAAAGGAUUACUGCACCUGUUGUGGUACAUAUUCAUGAAUAAAACCUCAUUAAAUGUAAAGUACAAACGCUACAGGUAACAUUCACUAAAUAUAUGUGUAAAAGGUUUAUAAGUGAAGAUGUUAGAGAUACAUUAGUGUUUCUGCAGAGAUUUUCUGUUGUCUGUCACCCGGGAGCAGACUUUCUUCUUCCCAUAAAUGGUUGGUAAUAAAGAGCUUUUAUAUCAAUGCAAUAGUAAAUAUUUCAAUUUCUGAUAAGGUGUGGGGACUUUUACAUGUGUAGUAUAUAGGUAUUUUGGCUUAAAUCGUUCCUGUCACCUGCAGAGAGCGGUGGCGGCGGCCAUUUUGUGGGCUGAAGAGAAAUUAUUGAGCUAUCAAAUCAUAAGGUACUAGCGGCAUCACUAAGGCAUGAGGCACAAUAUUAGUUCAGCUCUCAGAAUGGCUGCCCUCAGUGUGUCUAGGUGACAGAUCAUUGGCUUAUCAGGCUAUCUGGUGGGAAUAGAUUUUAAUGGAUGAGUUUUAGGAUUUGGCAUCUAAUAGACUUUCACGUAGUGCAUGUGGGAAGUACAGAGGGUGAACACUGGAUGUAUGGAGGCGUUUUUAUUCUGGUUAUAAUUUUGUGUCCUUUAGAGGGCGACGGCUGAAUGUAAUUUGUGUCGUCCUCACCCCAUGAAUAACGUCUGGCGCAUGGAUUUAUAUAAUGGUAAUAAUCUCCCGUGAGUCCGGUGGAAGUGUCUUGUGCCUGUGCAUUAUACAGAACGUGGUACAAACUCAUAACCGUCCCUAGCGGAGAAAUAUUGGUAUAGCGGGGAGAAGGGAACAUCCUGUCCAGUUAUUAAAGAUCUAUAAUUAAAGGAUUGACAGUGUCAUUUGUAGUAGGAUUGGUUUUAUGUUGUCAUUUCCAAAGUAUUUUACAAACCUAUAUUUCCCAGUAUAUGUACGCCACAAACUGGCUCCUCCCACUUGUGACAUCACUCAUCUUACUCUGAACUGUGGCUGAUAUAUUCCAGCGUGUUCUGUAGGGUGGACGUGAUUCUGCUGCCUUUGUUACCAUGUAAUAGAAAUAAAAGUUCUAGAGUUUUCUGAAAUGUAACAAAAAGGUAAGAGUGACUGUUCCGCCAGUACAUCCCUGAGCCGGGCCACUGUUCCGCCAGUACAUCCCUGAGCCGGGCCACUGUUCCGCCAGUACAUCCCUGAGCCGGGCCACUGUUCCGCCAGUACAUCCCUGAGCCGGGCCACUGUUCCGCCAGUACAUCCCUGAGCCGGGCCACUGUUCCGCCAGUACAUCCCUGAGCCGGGCCACUGUUCCGCCAGUACAUCCCUGAGCCGGGCCACUGUUCCGCCAGUACAUCCCUGAGCCGGGCCACUGUACCGCCAGUACAUCCCUGAGCCGGGCCACCAAAUAUUAUUAUUGUUACGUAAUACAGUGUGCCAAAAAAGUGCCCACGGAGCGGGAUGCGAUGUAGGCUCCGCACAGACCGCGGCUAUCGGCCAGUUCGUCCCGGUGAUCAGAUAUUGAAUUAUGUGUCUCCUUCUGCUCAGGUUGAAUCUUUUAUGUGUUUUAUAGGUUUAUUUUAAUAAUUGAAAUUUUCAGCUGAACGCCAAGCUAAUUGUAUUUUACAUUCCUGUCAAACAAUGAAAUGAACAGAAUUUUUUAUUACGCUUAUACAUAUUCCAAUAAAAUAGUUGCUUGCAACACGA